AUAUUAUAUAUUUUCAUAUACAGUAGUAUGCAAAUAAUAAAAAAAAAAAACACUAUAAGUAAUUGUCAUUAUCACCAUGAAGAUUGGGUUAUAUACAUUUUGGAUUGUUUAUUAUGCAGCGUUAUGUACAAGUGCAUUAUCUAUUGUGUAUCAACUGUGCCCUUUUUUAUCCUCAGUCGAAAGUAAUGACCUACCUUUGUAACUCCUUUAAUCUUAAUUACUAUGAAAUUGCCUUGUGAUACAAGAGUAUACCCUCUUAAAGUUCCUUGGCCUUUCUCUUUUCUCAUAUUACAUCCCUGAGCCUCUGGCCUCUCACUCCAGCACACAGUCAGCUGGCACAUGACGGGACGAUGCCGCUGAAACAUGAAGCUGUGGCUUUUGAGGAUCCAAUUGAAUCUGAAAGACUGGGAGGGGGAGCGGAUCAAAAAGUGACAAAUUCUGAGAGAGGAGGAUGUAGAGAGUAGGACGGAGAAAUAAUUUGCUCACACUUACGCACAAUCCUAUUUUCACAGAUACUGACAGGAUUAAAUGGAUACAACUGCUUCUCCUAAAGGAACACAAAUGCACUCUAACAAAGACAACAAUAUGACUUUGUCCAUUCUAUCUUGAGGCAAAGGAACUUAGGAUGGGCAAGUUGGGAAUUGUAGUGAUUUUGCUCAUACUGGAACAAGUAUCUGCCAUUGCUGGAGCCAGCAAAAAAGAGGACCAGAAGGAGGCGAUUUUGAAAGAGCUUGUUGAGAUCUGGAGGAACGGUGGAAGAUGGAACCCACACAGAGCACAACCACCAGCAGAAAGACAGAAAGAUCAACAAAUUCAUUCCAUAGUGAGGAGCAUUAUGGGAGGCCUCAAGUCUCUAGGUGUCCUGCCAAGGAAAAGCAAGAGUCUCCCAUCUUUAAACAAAGCCUUCGAUAGAAACAGGCUCUCAGGAUUCCUGUAUAACAUCUCCAUGUACCUGCAAGAGAUGAACGCAGAGUUAGAUGAUCGGCAGCAACCGUUUGGUGAUGACCAGUUUUGGGAGAACCUGCUCUACUCUCUUCUUCAGAUGGGAAGGGAAACGUCGCUCGGAUUAUGGGACGGGAAGAGUCCUCCGCGACCCACUUUCAGGCUUCAGGAUUUGUUUCUGUCACUCAGGGGCAGCCCACAUUGGGAUGGACUUCUGGGUUUGGUGCAAAGCAUUUUGACCCUCACUGAACGCCAGCCCCAAAAACCCAUCUUGACUUUCAUUUCUCAGAACUGGAAGACUAUCAGCGCUUUGCUCGAAACUGUUCUUCAAGCUCUGGUCAGUGGGACGUACGGCCAGGCCGUCGCCGGUCUCCAGGGUUUCAUCUGUGUCCUGAAUGGACGAAAUGAUUGUGCCUUCAACCUGAGCUGGCUUGAGCAGCUCAUUAGCUUUAUGGAAACCAGGAACUGGAAACCCAUGGUCAGUCUACACCCCGUGAGUGUAGAAAGCAAUCAAAGGGAUGCCACACUCUCUACAGGACGUUUCAAACCCUUCCUCGUGCCACCUGAGGUGCUUCCUGAGGAGCAGCUAUUGUUGAACCAGUCUGGCACUGAUUCAGAGAGCCUUGCUUCUAUGCAGUCUCUGCUUCUUCAGGCUUUGUCGAGGUCAAGCGCAGGAGAAAGGGCAGUACAGUUCGCGGAGCGUAAUCCUGCCCUCCUGCAGGGCUUGGAUAACCUCAGACAUGGAUUUCUGCACAAUGUCGGCCGCAGUGUGUAUGGUAAUCUGAGAAGAAAAGUGUCACAUAUGACCAAGGCACUGCUGGAUGAUGUAAGCAGUAUGGUGGGCGAACCACAGUACAGUCACCAUGGAAGAUGUUCUGUAGGCAAGUAG